AUGGAUAGAUUUCAAAAACAGAGUAGAAAAAUAAAAAGACACAUUGCAGACAUUCAGAACUUUGAAUAUAGAUCUGAACAGUCAUCAAACAGAUCGGUAAAAUUUCUCUCAAUACUGAAAAAUUCCAGAAUUCACAAAAUAAAAGACACACCUAAACUUAAACGUCAUAUCAUGCUGUCACUGAAGGAGGAAAUCUUCAUGAAGGAUGUGAUAAGGUUGCUGAGUGAAAUCCAAACCAAAGAGUCAGGAAAAAGACAAGCUAGAAAUGAAUGUAUGCUAAAACUUAUGCCUGUGCCUAAAUUACUCAAAUGGAUCGAGACAGAAGUUAGUGAAGUUACACAUAUUUCCUGUCUGUCAUCAGACCGCGUCUGGAUCAGCGAUGUGAUGGAAAUCAAGAUGUUCCUGACAAACAUUGCAGGAGAAAAACUACGUCAUAUAACAGAUAUGGUUUAUACUUUUGGAACUGUUGGAUAUCAUGCAGUAACCUCUACCUGUGAUCUUAUUUAUGUCGACGCUGAUGGUAACAUUAUUAAACUAUCCAAAAAUUACAGAAAAAACACAUUGAUAAAGAAUACUGAAUCAAGAAAACCAUCUUGCUUAUAUAUCUCACGCUUAACAGGAGAUCUGCUGGUUGGCAUUUGGGAUAUAAGAAAGGCAGGCAUUGUAAACCGUUACAACAGCAAAGGAAAACACAUACAGACCAUACAAAACAAAUUAUAUUAUCAACCAGUCUACAUCACAGAAAACCGCAAUGGCGAUAUUAUUGUGUCUGAUUGGGAUCGUAAGGCUGUAGUGGUGACAGAGCGUGGAGGAAAACAUCGUUUCUCCUACACAGGACGUUCUUCAUCAUCAUUACCGUCGCAGGAAUCAUGCCAUGUGGAAUAUGUACAGACGUGUUUUCACAAAUCCUCGUGUGUGAUGCAAACACCCGUACAAUACAUGUAUUAG